UCCUCAGAAAAAGUCGGUUAAAAAAGCGCGGAAAACGAAAAAGAUCUUCUUUGUUCUUUCUUGCGUUUCUUGCUAAUAUGAAGAAAUUGUGCGCGUAAAUUAUUUUAUAUUAUUUAAAUUAGUUUUUCUGAUAAAAACAAGUGUGGGAUAAAAAUGUUAAUAUAGAGCGAAGAAGAAUCAGAACAAUUAUAAAUAGUGAAAUCCUAACCUCAAAAAGUUUGUCGUCAAAUCGGCAAAGAAAGCAAAAUAUUUUAAUUCAAAAGGAAAGUCAAACCAAGUUGCAGAGGAGGAUGAUGGAAAUCGAGGCACGCGCCUCUCGUUGCAAUCUAAGUAUUACGCUCACGACGUGAAGAAAAGAGGGAUUUAUUUACAACUACAUUGUUACUGUACAAGAUAUACUGCACCAGACGAGGAGAUAUAUCCGAGAUAAAAUAUCACAUUAAACUCAGGAAGAUGUUUUCCUUAUACAUGAAAAUUUCUCUCUUUCGUGCCAGUAAAAUUGAGGUGCAAUUUACGGUCUGAUAUUGCGGUAAAAUUAUUUAUUGAAUCAGUAAAGGUUACAUUGUUCAAUAUAGGAGAACAUUCUUUGUUUUAAAAAAAUAAUUCAUUAAGGAAGGACCGACUCGUGUAGAUCGAAUAGAUGAAGAAGCUUUCUUUAGACGAAGACUCGACGCUCGCUUUGCAUUUAACAGAGAGAAUUACGACUUUGCUUCUAGAAUGUGAAUCGCGAAUAGAGAUGCGAUCUCGACGAUUAUCUUAAACGAGGACGCGAGACUUAAGCUUCGCUUUCUGGAUGGUCUUCCGGUCUUGCAGUCAAGGACGAACGAAGGUAGAUUACCUUGGAUAUCAUUUAAGGGGUGUGGUCGUCUUUUUUUCGAGUGUAUGCAGAUGUAUUUUUGUUAGGUUUUUGUAUUCGUGUGCGGAGAAGCGAUUGUCCAGGAAGGUAGAAAGUAGGUGUGGCUGUUAUAUAUCGUAUGAUCGAGGUCGAUACACUGUCGAGGAUACUCGAUAUCGUCGGAUAUACUAUAAAGCAGGAGGAGGAGGAGGUGGAGGUGGAGGGCGUUCUGCCAAGUUGAUUUUAUGCCUUAUAUAUCCCAGGAUUUAUAAUACGAACGAUGAGGAACAAAUAGGAAAUUAUUGCGAGGCAGGAAUUCAUCUAAUAGGAUCACUUUGGAAAAUACGUCUGAGAAAUCUAUAGGAUGGAUGUUUAUAUAUUUAUAGAGUUGCCACGCAACCUGGAGAACUGAAAGACCUGGAAAUGUCAGGGAAUUUUAUAAACCUUGAAAAAACAUGGAAAAGUCAGGGAAU